GUGCCGCGGGGCGGGGCCGGCGGCCGGGGGGCUGCGGGCGGGGGGCGCCGCCGCAACGCCGGGAGCGGGGUCGGGGUCGGCGCCGGGAGCGGGGCCCGGCUGCGGGCUGAGCGACAGCGGCUCCGAGGCGUCGGAGGGCAGCGCCUCGGAGGAGGCGAAGCUGCCGUCGCUGGAGCUGAGCGGCAGCGACGGGGAGAGCCCCGGGGGCUGCCCCCCGCCUCCCUCGGCCGGAGAAGCCUCGCCUCUGCCCGACGAGCCCUCGGCCGGCUCCAUGGCCAGCAGCCGGCUGCGCCUCAGCGCCUCGCUCGCCUUCUCCGACCUCACCGAGGAGCUGCUGGACGCCGGCCCCGACGGGCUGCUCCGCGAGCUGGAGGACCUGCGCUCCGAGAACGACUAUCUCAAGGAUGAGAUCGAGGAGCUGCGCGCUGAGAUGCUGGAGAUGAGGGACGUCUACAUGGAGGAGGACGUCUACCAGCUGCAGGAGCUGCGGCAGCAGCUGGACCAGGCCAGCAAGACGUGCCGCAUCCUGCAGUACCGGCUGCGCAAAGCCGAGCGGCGCAGCCUGCGCGUGGCACAGACCGGCCAGGUGGACGGCGAGCUCAUCCACAGCCUGGAGCAGGACGUCAAGGUGGCCAAGGACGUCUCCGUGCGGCUCCACAACGAGCUGGAGGUGGUGGAGAAGAAAAGGAUCAGGCUGGAGGAGGAGAACGAAGACCUGCGCCAGCGGCUGAUCGAGACGGAGCUGGCCAAGCAGGUGGUGCAGAACGAGAUGGACAAGCUCCGAGAGAAUUCCCUGAAGAAAAGGGGCUCUCGCUCCCUUGGGAAGGCCGAGAAGAAGCCGUCAGUGCAGGAGGACAGCGCGGACCUGAAGUGCCAGCUGCAUUUCGCCAAGGAGGAGUCAGCCCUGAUGUGCAAGAAGCUGACCAAGCUGGCCAAGGAGAACGACGGCAUGAAGGAGGAGCUGCUGAAGUACAGGUCCCUCUACGGGGACCUCGACAGCUCCCUGUCCGUGGAGGAGCUGGCCGACUCGCCCCACUCGCGCGAGGCCGAGCUCAAGGUCCACCUGAAGCUGGUGGAGGAGGAAGCCAACAUCCUCAGCCGCAGGAUAGUGGAGCUGGAGGUGGAGAACCGCGGCCUGCGGGCCGAGAUGGACGACAUGAAGGGCCAGGGGGACAGGGAGCUGCCGGGGCAGGACCUGCGGUUCCUGGCGUGCCCCUCGGGCUGCGGGGACGCGGGGGACACGGUGGUGGAGCUGCGCCGGCACCUGCAGUUCGUGGAGGAGGAGGCCGACCUGCUGCGACGCUCGCUGCUGGAGCUGGAGGACCAGAACAAGCUCCUGAUGAACGAGCUCAACAAGUACAAGUCGGACCACGAGCUGGACGUGACGCUGUCGGAGGACAGCUGCUCGGUGGUCAGCGAGCCCUCGCAGGAGGAGCUGGCCACGGCCAAGGUGCAGAUCAGCGAGCUGAGCGGCAAGGUGAAGAAGCUGCAGUACGAGAACCGUGUCCUCCUCUCCAACCUCCAGCGCUGCGACCUGGCCUCCUGCCAGACCACCCGGCCCAUGCUGGAGACCGACGCCGAGGCCGGGGACUCGGCACAGUGCGUCCCCACCACCGGCUGGAGGGACGGGCACGGCGGCGAGCUCCUCAAGGCCAAGGACUUGGAGACCCUGCUGGGCAUCCGGGACCAAGCGGCGCUCGUCAGCAAAGCCAUCGACGUCUUGAUCUCGGACGCCAACGGCUUCACCUCCGGCUUGAAGCUGUGCCUGGACAACGAGUGCGUGGGGGGGCUGCUGGCCGAGGCGGUGGAUAACAGCAGCGAGGGCCCCAGCGACGCCAAGCUGAUGAACGUGCUCCUCAUGAGGCUGGGGGUGCUGCAGCAGGACCUGGGCUGCUUCAUGAGGAAGGUGGACCACCUCGCCGAGGCCUCAAGGAGCACGCGGACUCCUUCCCCUUCUCCAGGCAGCCACGAGGCCACCAAGGAGGGGCUGCAGAAGGAGCACGGCUCCGACUUCCAGCAGCCUGAUUUUAGGGACGCCGACCCUUACCGCAUCACCCACACCAAGGACACGGACCCCGCACAUCCCCGGAGCUACAAAACCUGCCGGCCUGACGAGAACGACUCCUACGCCACUGAGAUGAAGGAGCUGCAGCUGGUGCUGUCGGAGGCCAACGAGAGCCUCCGGGGGCUGCAGGAGCAGCUCUCGCAGGAGAGGCAGCUGCGCAAGGACGAGGUGGACAACUUCUCGCAGAAGAUCUGCCAGCUGAAGGAGGACCACCAGAAAGCCCUGCUGCGGCGGGAGUUCGAGCUGCAGAGCCUGAACCUGCAGAGGCGGCUGGAGCAGAAGUUCUGGAGCCAGGAGAAGAACCUGCUGGUGCAGGAGUCGCAGCAGUUCAGGCAGAGCUUCCUCCUGCUUUUCAUGAAGCUCAAGUGGUUCCUCAAGCGCUGGCGCCAGGGCAAGAUAGUGCACAGCGAGGGCGAUGACUUCCUGGAGGUGAACAGCAUGAAGGAGCUGUACCUGCUGCUGGAGGAGGAGGAGCUCGCCCCACAGCAGCAGGCGGACAACAAGACCUGCGCUGGGGACGCCUGGACCCCCAACACGCCCAACGAGUGCAUCAAGACGCUGGCGGACAUGAAGGUGACCCUGAAGGAGCUGUGCACGGAGCUGCGGGAGGAGCGGCGCGGCGCCGGCGAGCUGCAGCAGCAGUUCACCAAGGCCAAGGCCGCCUGGGAGAUGGAGCGUGCCGAGCUCAAGUGCCACAUCGCCCAGCUGGAGGCCAAGGCGGGCAAAGGCCUCACGGAGCGGGCGCUGCCGGACUGGAAGGUGGCCCUGAAGAGGGAGCGCGAGGAGCACCAGCACCUCCUGGCUGAGUCCUACAGCGCCGUCAUGGACCUGACCAAGCAGCUGCAGAUUAGCGAGAAGAACUGGAACCAGGAGAAGGUGGAGCUGCUGGCACGCUUCAAGGAGGAGCAGCAGCAGGCGGAGCAGCAAGCGAAGGACCUGCAGAACAAACUCAACCAGUUGCAGAAAGGAGCCAACCCAUGGGCUUUGAAGCACUCUGAAAUGGAGAAGCACGGCGGCAACUGGAAAGAGGCUCUCAACGAAAAAAUCACAGACAAAGAGACAAUCUCUGAAGAAGAAGCCAAGGGAACCAACCUAAAAAGGACCAAGUCCGUUUCCUCCAUGUCAGAGUUCGAAAGCUUGCUCGACUGUUCUCCCUACCUCCCUGGAAAGACUGCGCCCGGCACCGGCCUUCCUCCCCCGCACUGUACAUAUGUGAAUAUCGAGCAACCUGCCCCUGACGGCCUGGCCAAGGAGAAGCUGGGCAUCUCCUCCUGGGACUACUCGCGGGCCAGCAGCUUCUCGGGGCACGACCCGGCCCAGAAGCAGAUGCAGAGGAGCUACACGGCGCCCGACAAGACGGGGAUCCGCAUCUACUACAGCCCGCCCGUGGCGCGGCGGCUGGAGGCGCCUCUGGUGCACAACAAGGAGGGGAAGAUCAUGAUCGAGCCCGGCUUCUUGUUCACCAUGGCCAAGCCCAAGGAGCCGGAGGAGUCGGCCAGCGCGGAGAGCACGUACAGCCAGUGGCUGUGCAACUUCUCCAAGCAGCAGCGGGAGCUGCUGGACGGCGGCGCGGUGGAGAGCGCGGUGCCGCCGGUGCCCCGCUUCCCGCCCUCGCUGCACGACCUGGAGAUCUCCGGCAACAUGAGCGACGACAUGAAGGAGAUCACCAACUGCGUGCGGCAGGCCAUCCGCUCCAGCUCGCUGGAGAGGAAGGUGAAGAGCGCCUCGAGCCAGACGGUGGGGCUGGCCCACGUGGGGACGCAGACCAUCCAGACGGUGAGCGUGGGCCUGCAGACGGACCUGCCGCGCGGCGGCGUGCACGGCAAGAGCUGGUCCCCCCGCAGCUCCUCCCUCGUCUCCGUGCGUAGCAAGCAGAUCUCCUCCUCCUUGGACAAGGUCCACUCCAGGAUUGAGCGGCCCUGCUGCUCCCCAAAAUACGGCUCCCCGAAGCUGCAGAGGAGGUCUUCCUCCAAACUGGACGCCUCCAAGGACAGGAGCCUCUGGAACCUGCACCAGGGCAAGCAGAACGGCUCCGCCUGGGCCCGCUCUACCACCACCCGCGACAGCCCCGUGCUCAGCAACAUCAACGACGGCUUGUCCAGCCUCUUCAGCGUGGUGGAGCACGCGGGCAGCACCGAGUCCAUCUGGAAGCCGGGCUGCCCCGACGGCAGCAGGGCCAAGCCCGAGGCCCCCAAGUACGGCCUGGUGCAGGAGUUCUUCAGGAACGUCUGCGGGCGGGCGCAGAGCCCCACAGCCCCCCCGGAGAAGAAGGAUGCCAGUGGCGGGGAGGAGGGUGCCAAGAAAACCGAGCACCCCGGCCCGGCCGCCUACCACCCAGCCGAAAGCGCCUCCCGCAUCUUGAGCAAGAAAGUCCUCAAACAAAGCAGCUGCGAGGACCCGAAGCCGUCGUCCCCCGGCCAAGGGAGCAAGGAGGCGGCCCCCCGGGACCCCGACCUCAUCUCGGCUCUAGCCAGCGAGGACAUGGCGUGCGACUGCAGCUCGCAGUCCCUCACCUCCUGCUUCGCCCGGCCCUCCCGCUCCGCCGCCCGCCACUCGCCCUCCAAGUGCAGGCUGCACCCCGCGGACCCCCCCAGGGCGGAGGAGAAGCCGGGGCCCCUGAGUGAGUGAGGACGGCGGGACGGGGCAGCGCAGCCUUGCCUGCUUCCCACUCUCCUGCCCCGAGAGCGCCCGCGGGGCCCCUCUCGGGGACGCAUCUGUCUCCUAACCGUCCCCUCACCCGCGGGGACGCUUAAGAAGCAGAUGGCGAAGGGCGCCGGGCGGCGGAGGCUGCCGGCAGCAGCGGGGCGUCCCGCCGGGGUGGCCGUGUCACCGGCACGGGGGGGGAGUGGCGGGGUCCCCACGGUGGCCUCGGGAAGGGGACGGCCGCCGUGUGAGGUGGCGGUGGUGCUGUUCGGCCAGGGCUGAAGCGCCGCGGGGUUGGAGUCGAGGGACGGAGGCAGCGUGGCUCCGUGGGCUGGAUCCGGCCUCGUGGCCAGCGCCGCCUGCCCGGCGUGUCCCCGAGGGCCGUGGUUGCGGGGCGGUUGCAUCAGCCGCAUCCGUCGGCUGCAUCCUGGAGGCUGGAGGGAGGCGGGGAGGGUCCCCGGGCUGGGCGGUGCGUGGAGGCUGUCCCCAUCGCCCUCCCGCUGCUGGGGGGCUGCCAGGGCUCCUCUGCUGGUGGGAAGGGUGCGGGCAGCCCCCUGGCGUGGCGGGGAAGCUGGGUGCACGCGUGGCGUGUCCUCAGUCUCCCUAAUCCCAAGGGCCUUGGCUGGGAGCAGCACGUUGGGACCCCCCCAGCAGCCUCCACCCUGCAGAGCGCCCACCUCCCUGCCCGGGGCCACGUGUAGUUAUUUGCUCCUCCAAGUGCUGAAUUGAAAUAUUGCCCCCCGUCCUUGUUUCCCCCACACCCACCCUUUUUUUUUUUUUUUUCCUCUCCUCUUUUGGCUCUGCCCAACUCCGGACAGCCUGCAAUGUAAACCAAGUGCAUUUUUUGAAAACAAAACAUACCGAAAUGAGCUAACUUGGAGAUGCACCAAUUGGAUUAAGAGAUUGUGGGCUGGGCGGCUGCAGCACGGCUCGCAGCCUCCGCCGCACAGCGGUCGGGCGGUCGCCAUCGAGAAAAUCCUCAUCUGGGGAGGGAGGAGGGCAGCAGCCCGGCAGCGCUGGUGCCCCUGGGCACAGCCCAGGGCGAGAAGGGUGAUUUUGGAGGUGGCUGCUCGACCUAUUUUCAAGCUGCGUGCUGGGGGCUGGGCAGGAUUCGCACAGAUGGAGCUGCCUGCAGGUGCCUGUGCCCGCCGGGGCUCUGGGCAUUGCUCGGGGGGGCUCUGGGCAUUGCUCCAGAGCCUCUGGGCGUUGUUCUGAGGCUGCAUGCACUGCUCCAGGGGCUCUGUGCGUGGCCCCAGGGACCCUCAGCAUUGUUCUGAGGCUGCGGACAUCACUCCUGGGGCUCUGUGCAGUGCCCCGGGGGCUCUAUACACAGCUCCAAAGGCUCCUGCAUUGCUCUGGGGGCUCCGUGCAAGCCCCUGGGGGCUCUGUACAUUACCCUGGGGGCUCUGCGCGCUGCUCCAGAGCCUGCGCGCAUUGUCCUGAGGCUGUGUACAUCGCUCCAGGGGCUCUGUGCACUGCUGUCAUCUUGCAGCCAGGCUCAGAAAACACUCCUGCUGCCGCGGCUGCUGCCCCCUCCCGUCCAGCCGCUCGCUGCCCGCAGCAGCACGGCCGCAUCACUGCCACGUCGCAGCCUCCGUCAGCAUCUCCGCGACAGCCGCUCACUGCCUGUGUCUCCGGACACACCAGCAUCAGCCAGGGCCAGCCGGCCCAGCACCGAUGGCCUUUCGCUCUGGGGGUGGCCGGCCGGCCCCCCGGGGCCCUCGUCACCCCGGCGUGUCACCAGCAGCCAGGGCCAGGCAGCGUCCCCCCCCCGGCCACCCCCACGCCCCCGGCGGGCGCAGCGCUGCCGCCAGCACUCUCCUGCUGUACAUAGAUCCUUCCGGGGUGGUUUUUAGCGUUUUCAUCGAGGACUAGGUUUUGUUUCCGUUCCGUUUUUAAAAGACUCUCUACUUUUGGAAUGUGGUUUCUCAUUUUUACAACUGCCUUUUAAUUAUUUGUAAUAUCGGUCAGUUCUGUCUUACUCUGUAAAUAGGGGUGCCAGGUGUUUCCCACGGGGAUGGGGACGGGGGACGGCAGGGGCUUUGCCAAGGCUGCGUUGCAGAGAGGCAGGAGCUGCUUUGGUUGAGCCCGGGAUGCUGGGAACAAAUCAUGAGCUGGGGAGGCGGCAGGUUUGGCCUCAGCCCCCGCAGCCUCUGCCCUUGUCCUCACCACGGUCCCCGUGCCCACCCCAAGGUCGCAUGAAGGGCAGGACCUGCCCCGAUGACGGCGCCCACCCGCCCCCUGUGCCGUGCCUGCUUGUCGUGUGAUGAAUAAAGCCCUGCAGACCCUCA